AUUGCGUACGUGAUUGACACGACUUAUCAGCGCAUCUCGAAGAGGCUGCUAAUGGCCCUUCUAGACAUCAAGUCAAAGGAGGAGUUGGCUUCCGUGGUUGAAACGCGUCAUUGGAAGCUGCUACCUCCGGACGCGGAUGCGAAGGAUAAUGAGGAGUGGAUCUUCAUUACCAACCACGAGGCCUCAGUGAAGUCGACCAACAUCAAGGAGAAAGUCACCUUUGAUGCAAUGGCUCGCAGUGCACACGCCUUCAAGCCUUCUGUCGGGCGGUUUUUCAUUCAAGCGCCGGAUAAGCAGACUGCAUGA